AUGACGGCAAUGAUGGAUUACAGAGAUACCCACCUCAACGGCGCUCCUACGAACCCCUAUGGCAACGAUCAUGGCUUCGACUUCGGAAACAUCACCUCGACACCUUCCAAGGCCCUGGUGGAGCGCGAGCGAGAUCGAGGUGUAUCUCCACCACCACAGUCUGAUGACACUCGGCCAAGGUCAUCCACCAGUAGAGGCAUGGCUGUCAAUGGUGUCGCAGACUUCUUCAGCCCAGAAGUCUUUCAGAUCGUCCUGCACAACCCAGCCACGGCGCAUCAGCUUCUUAAAUUUAGCCAAGCACGUAUGUCGGGAGAGAACAUGGAAUUCUUGGAGAGGGUAGACCGAUACAAUACUCUCCUAGACGAAUUGACCAAGACCCUCUCCGAGAUUCACAAAAACUUCAUAUCUCCGGAUGCCGUGAAACAGUUGAACCUCUCGCAGGGCAUGAUGAAGCAGAUGAAUGCAGAUAUUAAAAUGACCACCAUGACCACGCUUCCGGCCAUGGAGUUGAUGUUUACGGAUGCGCAAGAGCACAUUGAGAAUCUGCUGGCCUCGGAUAUCUACCCUAGAUUUGUCAAGCACCAAAUGACCACCAGUGCAGUCAAGGCCUUGUCUGGUGGUAGCCGUCAAAGAUAUGCAGGCCUUGGCGAUUGUUUCUGUCUUACCAAUCCAGCCAUAGCAGACAAUCCCAUUGUUUACGCCUCGGAUGGUUUCGUCAGUGUCACCGGCUAUUCAAGGUCAGAGAUUAUCCCUCGGAACUGUCGAUUCUUACAAGGCAACCAUACCGAUCACGCUGCAGUGCGGCGACUCAAAGCCUGCAUUGGCGCAAAGAAGGAGUCAGUAGAGUUACUUCUAAAUUAUCGAAAGACAGGAGAACCAUUCUGGAACUUGCUAUACGUGACUCCUUUACUAGAUUCCGAGGGCAGAACAGUUUUCUUCCUUGGAGGACAGAUCAACUGUUCCACCACAAUCCACAAUUGCUCCGACAUCCUCCGACUCCUUUCCAUUGGCGAAGACUCCAAUGUCGUUGACGAUCCAUAUCUUGCCGCAGCAACAACUUCUAAACCCGGAAGUUCCGGCCUCGGCGCCUUGUUCAAAACCUUCCGGAGCAAGAACAAUGACAAAUACUCCGACAUACCAGCCGGCAUGGAACAGAAUCUAAUCAACAAGAUCGAGCGGCUGGAUUUCAAAGAGCAGAUGGAGAUGUUCUACACCGCCUACUCUAAGUUCCUCGUUCUAAGCCACCCUGCUCUCGAAGUCAAAUUCUUCUCGCCGACCAUAGUCGACAUGCUCUGCCUCGACCCGAAAGAAAACCUCCACCUCGCCAAUAACAACAUAUUCAAGAUUCUCAUGCAACAUGCCCCCUCUAUGCCGCGCGACUUCAAAUAUCGCAUCAAGAGCUCAUUAAAGUCUGGAAGGGCAGUAAGCGCGGAUAUCAAUCUCGUGACGAAGAAGAGUGUGAUCUAUAGGAGGAGUGAGAGGUUGGCGACACAUUGGACGCCGUUGAAGGAUGAGAAGGCCGAGGUUAAGUGGGUGGUUGUUACGUUGACGGCGGGGACAUAG